AUGGCCAUCAAUUCUCAUGCUUCUGGAAACCGGAAUGCUCCUCACAAUUUGAGGGUUGACCCAUCAGUUAUGAGCUCUUCAUCUUCAUUGACAAGGCUCACCAAGAGGUCAUCCAUGAAUGUUAGAAAAAUCAAAGGUAAAAUUCUGCAGAACUUCCUGAAUAAUGGAAUCCCCCACACUUUGCCUUCUAACAAGACCACAGUGUACCAGCUGAAUAAGCUUAAUCCACAAAAUUACAAGAAUCAGUUAGUCUACUGCAAGGCUUCCAUUUGCACAUUCUCAGCACAUGAAGGCUGGUGGUAUGAGGCAUGUCCAGAGUGCUACAAACAACUAACAGUGAAGAAAAAUAGUGAUCUACGAAUCUGUCAAGACCAUAGUAUGCAAAUACCUCUUCCAUGUUAUAGACUUCAUGUCACCAUUGAAGAUCCAAACAGUGAAGCCACAUUAAAGCUUAGAGGAAAACCAGCUAAACAGUUAUUCGGAAUAACUUGCAAAGAACUCUUAGACAAAUGCCCCUAUGUACCAUAAGAAACACUACCACCAGAGAUAUUACAAACACAGGGGGCAAUUCCAUGUUUUCCAAAUCCAAAUCACUGACACAAACGACUUCAUAGUCAAGGGAAUCUUUCCAGACACAGAUCAUCAACCAGGUACCAACACACCAGCUCAUCCACU